GUUCGAUGUGACGUAGAGACGGAGGCGUUGGCUGUUCCAGUGUCUUGCGCCAGGAAACUCCAGACGGCUUCUAUUGUAAUAUCCGUAAAAAGUCGCCGAGGUCAAGCGUGUUCAAGUCGUUACUUGAUUUUUAUUUGUACGACUACUACACUCUUUGGCCGAACCGCUUAAGAUGAUCAAAAACGGACAUCACGCUGCGGAGCAGGACGAAGCCGGCUGCGAUAAUCCGGUGUGCAGCCCGGUGAAAAGGAAGCGCGUUGUCCGGCUGUGGUGUGACGGCUGUUAUGAUAUGGUGCACUAUGGUCACUCCAACCAGCUGCGUCAGGCCAAAGCCAUGGGAGAUUACCUCAUCGCUGGAGUGCAUACAGAUGAGGAGAUUUCCAAGCACAAGGGUCCUCCAGUCUUCACUCAGGAGGAACGCUACAAGAUGGUACGCGCGAUCAAGUGGGUGGAUGAGAUAGUGGAGGGGGCACCGUACGUCACUGCCCUGGAGACCUUGGACAAGUACAACUGUGACUUCUGUGUUCAUGGAGAUGACAUCACGCUGACGGUAGAUGGUAAGGACACGUAUGAGGAGGUGAAGCGUGCAGGUCGUUACCGGGAAUGUAAGCGAACCCUGGGUGUCUCUACCACAGACCUCGUAGGACGUAUGCUUCUCAUGACUAAGACCCACCACAGCAACAUGAACAACCCAGAUUACCAGCAGCACACGGACAACUUUGGAAAGGGUCCUAAAGGCCACAGUCCGUGGACUGGAGUGUCUCAAUUCCUUCAGACGUCCCAAAAGAUCAUCCAGUUUGCCUCAGGAAAGGAGCCUCAGCCUGGAGAUACCAUCAUCUAUGUGGCUGGAGCAUUUGAUCUGUUUCACAUUGGCCAUGUUGACUUCUUGGAGAUGGUCUAUAAACAGGCGGAGAAGCCCUAUGUCAUCGUAGGUCUACACUUUGACCAGGAAGUGAACCGAUACAAAGGAAAGAACUAUCCCAUCAUGAACAUCCAUGAGAGAACACUAAGCGUCUUGGCCUGUCGGUACGUGUCUGAGGUGGUGAUUGGUGCACCGUACACUGUGGGCAAAGAUCUGUUGGAUCAUUUUAAGGUGGAUCUGGUCUGUCAUGGCAAGACGGAAGUGUUCCCAGACAAGGAUGAGUCAGACCCCUACGCUGAGCCUAAGAAGAGGGGCAUAUUCAAAACUAUAGACAGUGGGAACAAUCUCACCACAGAUGACAUCGUCCAGAGGAUCAUUGAAAAUAGGCUCCAGUUUGAAGCCAGGAACCAGAAAAAGGAGGCCAAGGAGAUAGCAGUGAUUGAGGCGAUGAAGAAGAGGGAGCAGGAACAGAAGAAAGAAGCUGCAGCUCAGAGUGCUCACUAACGACCCCUCACACUGGACCUGCCUGGUUCUGUGUUUCAGGUCCUCACUCUAGUACACUCAGCUGUGAGACUGUGCACACCGUCAGAAUGGCCCUGCACAUUUCUCUCAGCUCCUCUGUGUGAAGACGGCUCCAGCAUAUGUUAACCUGUCCUGAUCCGUUUUUUCAGCUCACCCUCCAAAGGAAACUUCCUUCUUAUCAUCUAUUGUUACAUCGCGUUUGCAUCUAUGAAUUGACACACUACAUGCCCCUGUGUAGGUGCAAAUAUGGUUUGUUCAAUUGCUAAUUAUCCCUAACUUAUUGACAAAUUUUAAUGCUGUUGUUAGUUAUGUUAUUUAAAACCUAAUUAGUUUUUAAUGAUCAUAAGUGUCACCCAUACAGCUGAAUAUUAGUACACUUGCUUUACAAAAUAGAGUCGAUUUGUUUUAAUUUUUAUGCUUUUGAAAAAACUAAUGACAGAAUUUCUACAUUUGGUUGAUCUAUGAAGUAGUUUACUGAUUUUAUCUGUAUUUUACAUGAAUUUGCAGAGUGACUGAGUGAGUCAGGGAGUGAGUGAGCGAGCGAGUGAGUGAGUCAGGGAGUGAGUGAGUGAGUUGAAUGUGAUUUUGUGCCGUCAAUGACUAGUGCCUCAUUUCUAAAGCUCUAUCUAAUGUAGGAGCGCUUUCAAUGUUCUGACCUCAGUGAUCAGUAGUAGUAGUAGGUUGUUGAGAACCUCUUAGUACCUAUUAACUCAUUUUUUUCAAGAUGUAUUUUGGAAAACUAGAUAAUCUACUACUCUUCUUCACAAGACAAUCAAACCUGGGAACCUGGGACCCACUUUCACUGUUGGACUGUUGACACUUCUCUGUUGCUUUCUCGGCACUUUGCUUGGGUGGGAAUCAUUAAUAAUCUGUGAGAUCCUGACAGUCUGGAAAAAAGAAAGUUUAGUAAUAAAUGUUGGCAACUGUCACCUCUUGAGCUCCAUGUUGCAAUUUGUAAAUGUUAUUUUUUAUGAAAAGGGUGUAUAAUAUGGCAACGCAGCCUCUGGUGUCUGUUCUACAGUGGCAGAAAAAUGUGUGCAGCCGAACCGAUCUUUGUUGGAUCAGCACAUAGUCGCGGUCCACUGAGUCAGUCAAUGGGGCCACAGCCGCUCAGAAUCUGCUUUUCCAACUGCUCCUGUCUAGUUACCGAUGGGCGUCACCUCGUUACAAAUACAAAGAGCCUUUAAAUUGAGCCAAGUGUCCCGUACCUGCAGGAAGCACCCGGUCUCCUACAGAUACUGACCCAAGAUACGUUCAGCUGAGACGUUCUGCUGCACAUUUACUGCGCUGCUAUUUAGACGUUAAAGAAGAUGUCACCCUUCAUCCUGCAAGAGGCUUUGCUUUAUUAGUGUACAGUGGCUGCUGUGCUUCUUUUAGCACCAGUUGAAUAGUUGGCAGGAAACAGACUUCUGGGAUUCAUUAAACGACUGGACUGUUUCACUUGUUCAUCAUCCAACACUGUAUCACCAAAAACUAGGAAAUAAAUUAUUUUAAUAAGUUA